AUGUGCCAUUCCAAUGAAAAACGAUACCUGAUCUACUUGUCUAUUUUAAUUUUGUCAGUACAUGGAUACCUUAGCAAUGCCUCGUUUUGCCCCCCUACAGCUGCUUCUCUCAUUAAGGAUAAUCCAUUUGCAGUGAUAUGGAACAGUCCUACCCCAGUGUGUAAGAAGCUUGAGAUCAAUUUGGAUUUUUCAGCCUUCCAAGCAGUGGCAACAACCGAAAGUGAUCCUGAUCAGUUUCUUUUUAUCUUUUACGCCAAUCGACUUGGGUUGUACCCAUACACGGUUAACAGUACUGGAAUUCAGUAUAAUGGUGGCAUUCCGCAAAAAGGAAACCUGAAAGCCAGCCAGGGGAAAGCCCAACUCGAUAUUACCCAAUACAUUCCUGAGUUCAACACAGGCCUAGCUGUAAUUGACUGGGAGGAGUGGCGUCCACUGUGGGAUAGAAAUUGGGGCUCCAAAAUCAUUUAUCAGAAGAUGUCCAUUCAGUUUGCAGUAGAGAAUGACCCAUCUUUAUCCUCAAGUGAAGCUGUUAAAGUUGCCAAGGAGCAGUUUAAGAAAGCAGCCAGGGAUUACAUGGAGGAGACAAUAAAACUUGGAAUCAAGAUGCGUCCAAAGUACCUCUGGGGUUUCUACCUGUUUCCAGAUUCCUACAACUAUGGGUAUGAAGAACCAGGAUACACAGGAGAUUGCUCAGAGAUUGAGAGAAGUCGUAAUGAUGAGCUCCUAUGGCUUUGGAAUUCCAGUACAGCUCUGUUUCCCUCUGCAUAUCUACCACUCAGUCUAAAUGAAAACCCAAAUGCAGCUUUGUUUGUCAGAGGUCGUGUGAAGGAAGCUGUGAGGGUGGCUGCACUGCCAAAGCAUGUCUACACUUCCCCUGUUUAUGUGUACUUGCGCCCUCUCUUCCGUGAUCAGAACAAAGUAUACCUGAGUGAGGCUGAUCUAGUGAGGAGCAUUGGGGAGAGUGCAGCUUUAGGAGCAUCAGGUGUGGUGCUCUGGGGUGCUAGUAGUGACUACAAUGAAAAGUCCUCAUGUGAAGCACUGGCUGCCUAUCUGCCCUCCACACUUAAUCCUUAUGUGGCCAAUGUAACAGCAGCUGCAAAACUCUGCAGUCAGACUUUGUGCCAAAGCAAUGGACGCUGUGUUCGGAAGAAUCCUGACUCUGAUGAUUACCUGCACCUGAACCCAGAUAACUUCAGUAUUCAGAAGCUUAAUGGAAAAUACAGAGCUGUUGGUGUACCAUCUCAACUGGAUCUUAACUUCUUUGUAGAGAGGUUUACCUGUCAGUGCUAUGCUGGUCUACAAUGCUCUGACAACACAUUAAUUUAA